AUGGACGGCAUCCUUCCCAAAGAAAGCAGCUACAAGCGCAAGCGCAUGCAGCGCAUGGGGCCAGAUCUUGGUGCGAAGGACGCUAAGUGGGUGCAGCUUCGCACUUGGGAGGAAGCAGGGGGUGUACCUAACCCCAACAGCGAUGUGAUUCCCCUCUGUUCUGUGCUCCCCAUGAGCAAGAACAAGGGAAAGGCAAGGGAGGUGGCAGUGCCAAACCCUCGCCAGACCGAAGGCUACGAGCCAGUGAGUGAUCUGCAUGAUCUUAGGGUUAGAUCUCUGCUGACUCUCUUCAAACUUUAGAUUUCUGUAGAGCGUGGAUACAGGUUGGAAGACUGGCUAG